AUGUCGGAAUAUGAAAUGACCGACCUUGGAGCCAUGAAAUAUUUCCUUGGUAUGCAAGUCAAGCAAUGCCCAGGAAGAAUAUUUCUCUCACAAAAGAAAUAUGCAGACGAGCUACUUAAAAAGUUCAACAUGAGUGAAUGCAAGCCAUUGGCUACACCAAUGUCACUUAAUGAGAAGCUAUCCAAGAAUGAUGGAACAGAGAAGGUCGAUGCAUCAAUAUGUCGAAGUCUGGUCGGCUCUCUCAUAUAUCUCACACACACGAGACCAAACAUAGUUCAUUCUGUAAGCAUUAUGUCAAUGUUCAUGAGUGAGCCAAGUAAAGCUCACCUGGCAACAGGAAAAAGGAUUCUCAGGUAUGUCAAGGGAACAAAAAGUUAUGGAAUUUUGUACGAGACAGCGGAAAAUCACAAGCUUACAGGAUAUACAGACAACGAUUGGGCCGGAAGCAUUGCCGAUCGGAAGAGUACAAGUGGCUACGUCUUCCAGCUGGGAACCAAGGCUAUUUCUUUGUCAUCAAAGAAACAAGAUACAGUAGCUCUGUCAUCAGCAGAAGCAGAGUAUGUAGCAGCAACAAGUGCAGCAUGUGAAGCAAUAUCGCUUAAAAGAAUUAUAGAAGAUUUAUAA